AUGGCACUCUCCGGAUCACCGACGGCUACACUUAGCCCAACAACUACCGCAUCAGACCCUUUCAACUUUCGGUCCUCGAUUUCGUCCCUCACAUCGUCAAAUACUUCCAGGAGACAGUCGUCAAAUAUAUCAAAAACAUACCGGCAGGCGUCUACACUUUUCCUGACGCGUCGUCUACCCGAAGCUCUCUCGACUGUCCUUCCGCUUGUGACCCCUCCGGGUCAGGGAGCCAGCGAAAAUGGAUUGGACGAGCCUGCGCCGGUCGCAAAGGCGUCUCGGAACACCAGAGUGAAAGUAUGGAGCCUGUACUUGACCACCCUGAAUGCGAUUGUGGAGAUGGACCCGGAGGAGGGGAAAGCAUCCUUUGGAACAAAGGAAUGGAGGGCGAUCUGCAGCAAAGUUCGGGAUGGCGAAAUCUGGGAAGAGGUUGUUCGCAAUGGCUAUCAUGGCAUCGAGGGAGAUGUCGACUCUGAUGUGGUCAUCAAUUUAGCCACACUACUCCUUGCCCAUGCAAACAACCAAGGCCUCAACCAGAAGCGCCUAGAGACGUACCUCGCAGCUUCCAACACGCCCAGUCUGGACUUGUACAGCAAGUUUCAGACUCCCAGCACCCCGCACCAAAGGCCACGCUCUCCUGUGAAGCCGCAGCACGCUCCCACCCCUUCCGGCGCCGACACGCCGCGCGAUCUCAACGCACGGGUCAAGAUCCUCGAGCUUUAUACUCUGCACGUGCUCAUACGGAACAAUGAGUGGGACUAUGCUCGCGAGUUCAUCAGCGUCAGCUCCGUACUGGACGAUGAGCGUCGCGAGGCCUUCCUCAUGGCGCUGCAAAGCCUUCAGGAAGAGCACGAGGCACAAGAGGCCCACGAAAAGCAGGAAAGGCAGAAGCAGGAGGAUCAACUGCGCAGGGAUCUGGAGGAGGCCAGGAGGUUGAGGGCCGAGAAUGAGGAGAGGGAGAGGAGGCGGCUGGAGGAAGAGAGGGUGCGCCGUGAAGGUAGUGAGGUUGACUAUGGUAUCGAGGAGACGCCCGGUCGGGUGGUGAGAAAUUCUCCCGGCGGCACUUCGAGAAAGUCAAAACCCCAAGGGAAGGACAAGCGUGUUGCGGCUGCACCCUCGUUUGCGGCGCGUGCUGCGAUCGUCAUAUCCAACCUGAAGGGCCUGGUUGAACGGAUGAGCGCAUCAAUACAGGCAAACCCAGGGCCUUUGUUGCGGAUGCUUGCAUUUAUUGUAAGCUUGCUCGUGAUAUUCGGACAACAAAGGAUCAGAGAACGGGUAUCACGCAUUCUUGGGAAUUCUUGGUCCAAGGUCAAAGCCACAGCAGGCAUGGGAGUCAAGGCUAGCUAUAUUUGA